GUUGUGUGUAUUAUCAGAUUUCCCUUGUCUCUUCCUCCAUCCCAUCCAUAUAUCCAUACUUCUCUCUCCAUCUCUCCAUCUCUCCAUCUCCACAUAAAUAGAUACAUCUUAGGCCGGACCUUCCAAGGCCCGCUGCAAUCUCUCCAAAAUGGCAACCCAUCACGCCCCUCCGCCCCGAACUCCCUCCCCCAAGAUCCGCAUCCACCGCUCCCAAAGUUUCGACUCCCCCUCAUCUCGCAUUAGCAACACAACCCCUAUCGACGACUCGCCAUACUCUAAAUCAGCGGGUGCGCUGACAGCCAAACCACUGCCAAGCUACAAUGCCUUGAAAGCAGCUGAACAGGCUAUGAUACGGCAUGUUGGCAACAAAGUCGUGCUUCACACUAGAAUGAGCGACGACUCGAUAUUGUCAGAAUCUGAAUCCGAGUCUAAUUCUAGUGCCGCUAGCUCCAUCCAGUGUUCUCCGAUUUCGCCGGACGCGAGAUUUGGACUGUUUGCGUCGGGCUCGCCGGCUUUUCCGAGUGCGCCGUCACCCCCGAUGGCACAGACUACUCUUCCCCCAAAUACCCUGAACGAGAGUGUUGUAGCUCCAAAUUUGGCCAUGUAUCAAGACCCCAACGUCCAGAUGUAUGACCCCUGGCUUGUCAGGGUGGUCUUGGAUAUGUAUGAUGUACGUGGAUUCGAUUGGACUAUGAUAGCGGAGCCGAUUGAACGGGUUUGGGGCUGCAGGACGAGUUCGGCGGAGGUGUUGGGGAUUUUGACGAGGAAUGGGAGAAUUAGGGGGUGCGUGUGGUGGGAUUAAGAAGCGAAUAGGAAAGAACUGAAAUGGAAGAGGAGGUUAUUGGAAUGAAGUAGAAUUUGGAGUUCAGUGGUGUACUUGGAAAAGUAAGAGGUUGGUGAACUGGAAAUCUUUCCCUUUCUUACCUACAGUUUCCUAUGUUUUGGCCUUGGUGGCAAACCGCCGUUGG